AUGGCCUCCCGGACCCCGGCUAGGCCUCACCCCUUCCUCGACGAAGUCGACCGCGAAGCCAUCGAAGCCGAGCGCAACGCCUCCCCCACGCCUUCCCCGGGCCCCGACCCCUCUCCCGCUCCCACUCCGCCGCCCGCACCCCGCCGCCCCAGCGACGAGAUCGAGCGUGUCUCCACCACCGCCUCCUCCGCCACCACCUCGUCCCACCAACCCCGCGACGCUGGCGUCCGCGCAGCGGCCGGCACCGGCACCGGCCCGGAUGCCGACCAGCUCUCCUACCGCGCCACCUCCAUGAGCCGCGUGCCCACCCACCUCGAGCCCCUCGACCGCUACCCCACCGAUCUCGUGCGCAUAGCUACCCAGCGCAGCCAGCACUCCGAGACCGUCGGGCGCCGCGUGAGCACCCGCCGCUCGCGCUUCUCCCGCCGCUCGGAAAACCCUUGCCUGCGUUUGGCGGCGGCAAGGAGUACCCCCAUGCUGCCCGAGAGGGACGAGUACGUGGUCGAGUUUGACGGGGAGGAUGACCCGUUGCAUCCUCAUAACUGGCCGUUCAAGAAGAAGCUCUACACCGCCGCCAUCCUCGGCUACACCACCCUCGCCGCCGUCUUCGCCUCCUCCCUCUUCACCCCCGCCGUCUCCCAAAUCUCCGAAGCCUACCACGUCGGCACCACCCUCAAGGGCCGCCGCCUCCCCAUCAUCCUCUCCAUGUUCGGCUUCACCCUCUUCUCCAUCGCCACCGGCACCGCCGAGAACCUGCAAACCAUCAUCAUCUGCCGCUUCUUCUCCGGCCUCUUCGGCGCCGGGCCCAUCGCCGUCGUCGCCGCCGUCUUCUCCGACAUGUUCGACAACCGCACCCGCGGCAUCGCCAUCACCAUCUUCUCCAUGACCCUGGCGCUGGACCGCCUACCUCCCCGCCAUCAUGGGCGCCGUCGCCUUCCUCCUCGACAUCACUUUACUCGAGGAGACGUACCCCCGGCCAUCCUCGUCGGCAAGGCCUCGGAGCUGCGCCGCCGCACCCGCAACUGGGGCAUCCACGCCAAGCAGGAGGAGAUCGAGGUCGACCUCCGGGAGCUCAUCAGCAAAAACUUUUCUCGUCCCCUGCGCCUCCUCUUUGGCGAGCCCAUCGUCCUCCUCCUCACCAUCUACACCGCCUUCAUCUACGGCCUCCUCUACCUCUUCAUGACCUCGUACCCCGCCGUCUACCAGCGCGUCCACGGCUUCUCCCGGGCCAGGCCGGCCUCCCUUCCUCGGCAUGAUUUGGCGUCUCCCACCGUCGCCAUUGGCGGCGUCGCCUUCACCAUUGGCAUCUUUUGGUUCGGCUGGACGGGCUACAACCCCAAGAUCCAUUGGAUCGUCCCCACCCUCAGCGGCAUUUUCACCGGCUUCGGUCUCCUCUCCAUCUUCUUGCAGGCCAUCAACUAUCUCGUUGAUGCCUACCUCAUGUUCCAACACCUUCCUCCGCUCCUCGCCGGCGCCGCCUUCCCCCUCUUCGCCAACCAAAUGUUUACCGGCCUCGGCGUCCAGUGGGCAGCCACCCUCCUCGGCUGCGUCGCUGCCGUCCUCGUCCCCAUCCCCAUCGUCUUUUACAUUUACGGUGCCCGUCUACGCGAGCGCUCCGCCUUCGCCCCCGUCAUGCAGCCCCACGCCGACCCUCACUCUGCCGAGGACGAAGAGGAGGUCAACAAGGAGGCCAACGGGGCCUCUUCCGCCAUCGGCGAGAAGCGCAACAGCCUCAGCGCCGCUUCUGUUCAGGGUCGCGGCCCACAGAAUGGGGCUGCAGCACGCGGAGCGAACAUGGUUUAG